CCGAGACCAAGACCACCAGCAGGACUCGCGAGGAGAGCGCGCCCGCCCGGAAAGAAAAAAAAACCCUAGCCCCGCCCGGGCCUCCGCCUCGCGAUGUCUUGCACGGUGGCCAUCCCGAGCUCGCCAGUCUUCUCGCCCUCACGCCGCCCACUCUCCUGCAAGGCCGCCUCCGCCUCACCGGAGCCCACCGUCCCCGCCUCUACCGCGGCGCCCGCGCCCGCCGCCGCCGCCGGCUCGCCGCUCCGCCCCUUCGCGCUCCGCGCGCUGCUGCGGGAGGAGGUCUCCCCGUCUCCGCCGCCCCAGCCGACCUCCGCCGCAGCGGUGGCUUUGGUACCGAGCGGGGCCGCGCUGAAGCGGCGGCGACCGACGCCGCUUGUCGUGCCGGCGUCCGGCGCCGCGGCAGCUGCUGCUGCGGCGGCGGCGGUGGCCGCUGUGGAGGCGGAUCCGAGGAACGAGGUGGAGGAGGAAGGGGAGGAGUUCGCAGCGUACUGCCGGAGGGGAAAGGGAAGGAGAAGGGUGGAAAUGGAGGACCGGCAUGUGGCCAAGGUCGCUCUCGGCGGGGACCCCCAAGUGGCACUGUUUGGUGUGUUCGAUGGCCACGGCGGGAAAAACGCGGCAGAGUUCGCCGCGGAGAACAUGCCCAAGUUUAUGGCCGAGGAGUUGACGAAGGUAAACGGCGGAGAGAUCGAAGGAGCGGUGAAGAGGGGUUACCUCAAGACGGACGAGGAGUUCCUCAAGAGGGACGAGAGCGGGGGCGCGUGCUGCGUCACAGCCGUCCUCCAAAAGGGUGGACUGGUCGUCUCCAACGCUGGAGACUGCCGUGCGGUGCUCAGCCGAGCAGGGAAGGCAGAGGCGCUCACCUCUGACCACCGGGCGUCCAGGGAGGACGAGAAGGAAAGGAUUGAGAAUUUGGGUGGAUUUGUGGUGAAUUACCGUGGAACAUGGCGAGUCCAGGGCUCCCUGGCAGUGUCUAGGGGCAUUGGGGAUGGACACCUAAAGCAGUGGGUUGUGGCUGACCCAGACACCACGACGCUCCUGGUUGACCAGCAGUGCGAGUUCUUGAUACUUGCUUCUGAUGGCCUCUGGGAUAAGAUCGACAAUCAGGAGGCGGUAGACCUUGCACGACCUCUCUGCAUCAACAAUGACAAGACCUCUCGCAUGGCUGCCUGCAGGAUGCUCACCGAGACAUCGAUUUCCAGGGGCUCGACUGAUGAUAUCAGUGUCGUGAUCGUGCAGUUGCAGAAAUUUUCAAGCUCGUAACCUAGUUGGAGAAGCUGGAACAAAACUCUAGCCAGUAGCACUAACAGACUGGUGAUAGGUAGACAUGAUAUGUUACUUCGCUGGCGAAAGUUUUCAUGAGUCAGCGCUAUUUGGAGGGGAUUUUAACAUUCAUUCUUUGGUGUAGAGCCAUUCGUCUUAUUAUUACAUCAUUUAAUUCAUUCUUGGUAAGUACUGAAAUAAGGGGUGAUAUCUCGCUUCAUGAUAUUUUUUCACUGUUAGGGCUAGUUUUGGAACACUGUUUUCCUAAGCGAUUCGGUGAAUUGCCUCUGUAUAUUAUAUUCAUAGAUUAAAACUUACCGUGCCUUUUGAAUUUAUUGUCGAUUCUAGCAAAAAGAAAGAAUACUAGUAGCUUUGCGCCAUACCUUGAUCUUAAUAUCUGUAUGUUGGACACUCCAUUUUUUGUAGUACUUUAGACAUCUAAACUAGUUCAGACUUAAUUUAAGACUAGGUAAGUACCCGUGCGUUGCAACGGAAAAAAAUAGUGUAACAAUAACAUAUAUAUGACUAUAUGUUGUGUUGUUAAUU